AGGCUAUCUUUUGACCAUUUUCCUGAUUGUUAGGAAAGAUAGUAAAAUUCUUAGAUUUUUCUUUUGCUUCCUUCCUGAUGAGUGUAGCUGUGGGUAUUAAUGGUAGUAGGAUUUGGGAUGGUAUGUUCCCUUUUUAAAUUAGCUUAUAUUGAGAGAAGUCAUUGUGGCAUUUUAACUGAGAACUUAUUCUAUAAAAGUUGAUAGAAAACUUUAGAAAUCAAGUUGUAACAUGAAUAUGAAUGAGUUGUGCUCUGUGUGUGUCCACAUGCUCAAAUGGGCCAUGGGAGAAGUGCUAGUGGAAGCUUAAAGGAAACUCUGUAAUGGAAAAUAGCUACUAUUAGAAAAUAUUUUCAAGAAUUCUUAUGAGUUUGCAGUUUGGUUUCGACCACUGGUCCUACGUCAGAGGAUGAAUAAAGGUUUCAUAAAUAUAAAAAUAUAAAAAGUCAAAAACUUCCGGGAGAUCUGAGCCUGAUCUCUUAAGAAACUCAAACUCAUAUAUAUUUUGUGGCUAGACCUUAGGACAGUAACAACCACCUGGGUCAUUUGAUAGAUGAUUUCAGAAAAGAGUCGCCUUUUUUGUCCCCUGACAAUCAGGUCAAAAGUCCGGGUGCAGCUUUUACACGGAUGACCGCCUGCUGUUACAAGGACUUGAGUGAGAGUGAUUCGAGCUCAGAGGAAGAACGGAGGGUCACUACCCGCAUUACUCGCCGUCGUUUGAUUAUAAAGGGAGAGGAAGCAAAAAACAUUCCUGGUGAAUCUGUCACAGAAGAGCAAUUCACUGAUGAAGAAGGCACCCUCAUCACCAGAAAAAUCACUCGGAAAGUAAUAAGACGAAUUGUUAUCCCACAAGAAAAAAAACGCGUUGAUGUGGUAAUGGAGAGGGUUGGCCAAGAGAAAGUAGAGGAUAAACGCUUUGCGAAUUCUUUGGAGAAUGCUGCUAAUAGGCUGGCAUCUGUGGUGUGGCAGCUUGAAGCAUUUUGCUCUUGACUUAUUCUGCGUUUGAUCAAUAAAAGAAAAAAGAUUUUCUAAUACUCUUGAUUCAGAGUUUCACAGAGAUAAAAUUCA